AAAAGUUCGGGGAAGAAGAGGACGCCGCGGGGGAAUCAUCAACUCCCUCUGCAGGUGGCGGUGCGGUGCCGCCGUAUCUCUCCCCGUAUCCCAUCCAUCGCAAAGCCCCGGCCUUUUCAUCGUGUCCCCUGCUUUUUUUCCGCGGGAGAGACCGAGAGAGGUGAGGCUCGCGAGCGCGUAUGGUGAUGGGAUGAGCAGGCGGCGUGAGGGCGUCGCCGUCAGGGGAUGGAGAACGGGGACGGGUCGGUAGCAGGGGCGGGCGCCGUCGGCAGCGCCGGCAGCCUCGGCCUCCGCGUCGGGCAGGCCGUCUUCUCGUCGGCGUCCCUGCUGUUCAUGUCCGUCGGCGUCGAGUUCUUCAGCUACACCGCCUUCUGCUUCCUGAUCACGAUCAUGGGCCUGGUCAUCCCCUGGAGCUGCACGCUGGCCAUGAUCGACGUGUACUCCGUCUUCGUGGGAUGCCCUCUCCGCGUGCCGGGCGUCAUGGUCAUCGUCGUGGUUGGAGACUGGGUCCUGUCGAUCCUCUCGUUCGCAGCAGCCUGCUCGAGCGCCGCAGUGAUCGACCUCCUCCUCCAGUUCCACGGAUCCCAGUGCUCGCCGAGGUUCUGCGGGAGGUACCAGCUGUCCGCCAUGAUGGCGUUCUUGUCCUGGUUCCUCACGGCCGCUUCGGCGAUCUUCAACUUCUGGUUCGUCGCCUCCCUGUGAAAACUGCUGAUAAGAGGCAGCAACCAGUCAUUGUUGGUUUUUUUUUUAUAAAAAAACAAAUAGUACAAGUAAUUUGGAGAGCAUAUGCUACUUCAGUUACCUUUAACGUCUGACCAAUUAGGCAGCUUUCUGAUGUACUGGUGACAGAAUGCGUGCAAUAAUAGGAGAGGAACCUGUUUGUGAA